UAGUCGGCCGACGCGCCCGGAUACAGCGGAUAAACCCGUGCUCUUCGCGUCCCUCUCGCACCCGAGAAGACGGAGAAAGUCCAGCGCGUGUAGGGGGAAAAACCCUUUUUGGCAAAGUGAAUAAUUCGCGGGGACCGAAUUUUGUUGUCGGCCGUCGCGGAGACGGGACCCAGACUGCCGAGUAGUUCCUUUCCCGAACUGGUUGUGUGCGUCCGUCCCAGAUCGUUUCUUAACACCCAGGUCCCCCCCCCCCACCCCGCUCACACUUUAGAUCCGUGGGGUGUGGAGACAGGGGCCGGGGUUUUAAAACGUGGAAGGAAAAAAAAGGGGGGGAGAAAGAAAGAAGGAAAACAAUUUAGGAUCUCCCCUAAGCGGUGCUGGAGUUGCGGACCACGCUGUGCGAAUGAGUGAUUGAUUCCAACUUCGCUCCUUAAGGGCAGAAUGGGUGUGUGUCCCCUGCUCCUGCUGCUCAGCCUAAUCCUUGUGGCCUCGGCCAAGGACUCUCUCGUCACCACAGCUCCUCCUAUCAUCACGGCCAAACCCACAGACCCUCCUGUUGCACCUCUCCUCAACAUCACGGUGGUACCUUCGACUGUCCCCCCAGGCCCAUCCACACCCCUCACUCCUACUGCCAGCCCCAAAACACCUGACGCCAUUACAAGUCCAGCGAGUGAUGAGGCUGUGACAACAGGAGGUCCCACUGGCAACCCAGCACCAACACCCAUCCCUGCUCCCUUUCCUCCAGUCCAAACUGAUAGUCAACAGAUACCAACGAGCACCCAGCCUCCCCCUGCUCCCACCACAGCAGUCCAGGAUGGGGGACGGGAGAAUGGGACCACAGCCUCUGCUCCAGACACUCCUCCUCCAGACGACACCCCCAACUUAGAGGAGACCACCACAGAAUCCAGUGUGGAGGGCACCUCCGACACCGGCAUCCCUGAUAUGGAGGGUCCAGAAGACGUCCCAUCAGAUGACAUGCCAAUCAUAGCGGUGAUGGUGGCCUUAUCCUCCCUGUUGGUCAUCGUCUUCAUCAUCAUCAUCCUCUACAUGCUCAGGUUUAAAAAGUACAAGCAGGCAGGAAGCCAUUCCAACUCCUUCAGACUGACCAAUGGCAGAUCAGAAGAUACAGAACUCCAGAGUGUGCCCCUAUUGGCCCGCUCACCCAGCACAAACAGGAAGUACCCGCCCCUUCCCGUCGACAAGCUCGAGGAAGAGAUGAACCGUCGCAUGGCUGAUGACAACAAGCUCUUCAGGGAGGAGUUUAAUGCAUUACCAGUCUGUCCAAUCCAGGCUUCAUGUGAUGCAGCCUCCAAAGAGGAAAACAAGGAGAAAAACAGAUAUGUCAACAUCCUGCCAUACGAUCACUCCAGGGUACACCUCUCAUCUCUGGAGGGAGUACCUGACUCCGACUUCAUCAACGCCUCUUUCAUAAAUGGUUAUCAAGAAAAGAAUAAGUUUAUUGCAGCUCAAGGGCCCAAAGAGGAAACGGUAAAUGACUUCUGGAGAAUGAUCUGGGAGCAGAACACAGCCACCAUCGUCAUGGUGACAAAUCUGAAGGAGAGAAAAGAGUGUAAGUGUGCCCAGUACUGGCCGGAUCAGGGCUGCUGGACCUAUGGGAACAUCCGUGUGUCUGUAGAAGACACAAUGGUUCUGGUAGACUACACUAUCCGCAAGUUCUGCAUCCAACAGGUGGGUGAUGUUUCUGGGAAGAAGCCUCAAAGACUAGUCACCCAGUUCCACUUCACCAGCUGGCCAGACUUUGGAGUCCCUUUCACCCCCAUAGGCAUGCUCAAGUUUCUCAAAAAGGUCAAGACCUGCAACCCCCAAUAUGCUGGGCCCAUUGUGGUCCACUGCAGUGCUGGAGUGGGCCGGACGGGAACCUUCAUCGUGAUUGAUGCCAUGCUGGACAUGAUGAACGCAGAGAGGAAGGUCGAUGUUUUUGGCUUUGUCACCAGGAUCAGAGCCCAGCGCUGUCAGAUGGUCCAGACAGACAUGCAGUACGUAUUCAUCUUCCAGGCUUUGUUAGAACACUACCUGUACGGAGACACAGAGCUGGAGGUGACCUCUCUGGAGUCUCACCUAGCCAAACUCUACGCCCCCUCACCUGGAGCUGGCUGUGGGGGUCUGGAGGCUGAAUUUAAGAAACUGACAUCAAUCAAAAUCCAGAAUGAUAAGAUGAGAACAGGCAACCUGCCUGCCAACAUGAAGAAGAACAGAGUCCUCCAGAUCAUCCCAUAUGAGUUCAACAGAGUGAUCAUUCCGGUCAAACGAGGAGAGGAGAACACCGAUUAUGUUAACGCCUCUUUCAUAGACGGCUACCGUCAGAAGGACUCCUACAUGGCAGGCCAGGGCCCCCUGCAGCACACUAUAGAAGACUUCUGGAGGAUGAUCUGGGAGUGGAGGAGCUGCUCCAUAGUCAUGCUGACCGAGCUCGAGGAGAGAGGACAGGAGAAGUGUGCACAGUACUGGCCAAGUGAUGGAGUGGUAGUCUAUGGGGACAUUGCCAUCGAGCUUAAAAGAGAAGAGGAAAGCGAGAGCUACACUGUGCGAGACCUCCUGGUCACCAACAACAGGGAGAAUAAGGCCCGAGCGGUGCGUCAGUUCCAUUUCCAUGGCUGGCCAGAAGUUGGCAUCCCCACCGACGGUAAAGGCAUGAUCAACAUCAUUGCUGCAGUACAGAAGCAACAGCAGCAGUCGGGUAACCACCCUAUCACCGUACAUUGCAGUGCGGGUGCAGGUCGGACAGGGACUUUCUGUGCGUUGAGUACAGUCCUGGAGAGGGUGAAGGCAGAAGGGAUCCUGGAUGUUUUUCAGACAGUCAAGAGCCUCAGACUGCAAAGACCCCACAUGGUGCAGACACUGGAGCAGUACGAGUUCUGUUACAAAGUUGUCCAGGAGUAUAUUGAUGCCUUUUCCGACUAUGCCAACUUCAAGUAGGGACCCGCCAUGGCUGGACGUCCACGUACAAGUCCCCAAAAAAAAAAAAAUCACACACUUGCACGCAAUCAUACAUACACACUCGCAUGCAUUCAGCUGCAUAUUCUCAUGCAGUGGAUGUAAAACUUGACUAGACUUGUGUGGAUGAACUACCCGCAGGAAAAGGGAACAAAAGUCUCAGCACAGAAGAAAAGUGCAGUGCAGUUGGACAGAGAAAAUAACUUGAGAUGCCUUCUCAAAUAUUUUGUAAUAUUUGUCUUGUUAAUACAUCCCUUCGAUCCCAUUUGCCCCCCCCCCCCCACAAAUGUAUAUAUUUACCAUGUUCCACCUUUUUUUUUUUAGAUUUAGUUUUGUGUUUGGCUGAAUUUUAGGGGAGCUUUUGUAAUUUUAUUGGUGUGUAUGUGUGCAAACCAACACAUGUACGUGCACAGACACAUACAUACAUACUAUAGAUAUACAUCUAAUGCUCGAGAGGCUAGUGUCAAAAAUCCAGUUAAGGGAAUUGGGUUUGGUUAUUACUGUGUUUGCCUUAUUUUUUUUUUUAUUUAAGGACUAAAACUUCAAAAGUUUAUGGCCUCGCCAGGUCCAUGCCGUAGCAAUUUGCAGCUGGUAGCAGAACCAAGAUAACGUUGUAUAUACAGACAUCCCUGAUUGUUUUUCAGUCAGAUACACACACGUAAGUACUAACACUAACCCCUCACUGUGACGAGACACUUUACAGAGAAACGGUCCCGUUUACUUGGUGAAUGAAUCAUCCCCAAGUCUUUGUGAAAGUUUAACCCAUUAAUUCUCAUGGGUCACAAGUACGAAGGUCAAUCAUGAUGGGAGGUCAGGGUUGCUGUGACGUAGCCGCUAGUCCAGGAUUAUGCACACACUGUUAAAUACCCCGGAGUCAUUUGUUCCCGGGGCAACCACAACACCUGUGUGUGUGUGUGUGUGUGUGUGUGUGUGUGUGUGUGUGUGUGUGUGUGUGUGUGUGUGUGUGUGUGUGUGUGUGUGUGUGUGUGUGUGUGUGUGUGUGUGUGUGUGUGUGUGUGUGUGUGUGUGUGUGUGUGUGUGUGUGUGUGUGUGUGUGUGUGUGUGUGUGUGUGUGUGUGUGUUUGUAUGUUUAAACAAGAGCGGAGAACACAUUCAAUUCAGCAGCUUGCAGAGGAGACGGCAUGUGUUGCAGCACUGUUUGCAACCCUGUCGACUGCUUAAAGUCUUCAUUCACUUUCAUUCACUUCAUUCUUCUAGCUCUGGAAGCUAAUCUGAGACAUUCAGCAACGUUGUUUUUGACAUCAGGAACUUUAUCUAUCUUUCUGUCCAUUGGUAGGCAACAUGUCCAGCUUGUAACUAUGUCUAUGUGGCUCUGGCAAGAAAAGUCCUUGAGGGGAAUUGUAGAAAAUCCCCCCCCCCCCCAAAAAAACACAGAAAAUAAAUCUAAGGUGUUGGAGCUUUGCUUUAUCUUUUUAGUUUUAACUAUAUAGAGCAUUAUUUAUUUCAAAGCUAAGUUUCCGUUUCAACAACUGUGUUGAUUAUGUCAAUAGGCCAAACUAUCGGGACAAUAAAACCACGGUAAACCGGUGGUUUAGUACAACACAGAAAAACAUGAAAUUCUGUAUACCCAAUAUAAUUUGUUUUUUGUUUACGCACAUUCAUUACAUGCUAGUAUUUCUUGGAUAUUGUUAUUUGAACUUUUUUUUUCUUCAAAUGCAUUUGUUUCCUGUAUGGGUUGCUUGAAAGUAAGCAUGCGUUAUUUCCCUUGUUUUUAUACUGGCUUCACAUCACAGCGCUGUUUAGCAUCACUUUGUUUUAUCUAUCUUUUUUUCUACCACAAUCGCUAAUACUGAUGAAUGUUUCUUUUUCAUGACCAUGCUGUUACUUCAGUAUUCUUCAGAAAAUUAACUCAUUGUUGAGCUAACUGUGGAGGCAUGCCAUGCAACGUUUGUAGUGAUGUAUUUUUUUUUUCUUAUCAAUGUACAAUGAGGGUACUCAGGCUUGAACUGCCACCUGUUUUAGAUGAGGCCACCGUCGAGACGACCCCCGUUAUGAUUGUACUGAAAGAUAGAUGAUGUCAGUUAAACACAGGGUUUAAGGUCGGUUCUAUUUCAACUCGGUCAACUCAGGAAAUGACUGACACCGGGAAUGUUUCAUUUAUAAAUUCAACAAAUUCAACACGAGCUCAUUUCCACAUUCUGGAGUCUUUGAAUUGAAAUUGCCCUGCUCCCUCACAGUUUCAGUGAAACAUCACUUUUAUAUUGGGGGAAAAAGGAUCACAACAUUAUUUGUUUCAGAAAAUUAAAAUGCGGGGGGUGUCCCGGUGGCGUAGUGGUCUAUUCCGUUGCCUACCAACAUGGGGAUCGCCGGUUCGAAUCCCCGUGUUACCUCCGGCUUGGUCGGGCGUCCCAACAGACACUAUUGGCCGUGCCUGCGGGUGGGAGGCCAGAUGUGGGUAUGUAUCCUGGUCACUGCACUAGCGCCUCCUCUGGUUAGUCAGGGCAUCUGUUCGGGGGGGAGGGGGAGCUGGCGGAAUAGCGUGAUCCUCCCACGCACUACGUCCCCCUGGCGAAACUCCUCACUGUCAGGUGAAAAGAAGCGGCUGGUGACUCCACAUGUAUCAGAGGAGGCAUGUGGUGGUUUGCAGCCCUCCCCAGAUCAGCAGAGGGGGUGGAGCAGUGACCGGGACGGCUCGGAAGAGUGGGGUAAUUGGUCGAGCACAAUUUGGGAGAGAAAAGGGGAAAAUCCCCCCCCCCCCAAAUUUUUUUAAAAAAUUGAACAGAAAAUUGUGGUUUAGUUUAAAUUUGCACACGUGAUGGUCUGCGAUGUGUCAUUGAUAGGAUUCAUUCAAAUUAACACCCUGUGUACAUCAACAAGAGGUUUCUGUUUAGCAGUUUACAAGUUAAACAUUGUUCCCCGCUUUUGCAGAACACCACUCAUUGUCCCAUAUUUACAACACCAUUGAUAGAAGGGAUGAGCACAAUCGAUGUUGAUUUCUCCAUGGUGGACAGUCAUGAAGACGGAAUACCUAAUUUUCUGAAAGGGUAGUUCAGCUGUUGUUGAUUGUUUAAACAUUCAUGCACUAUUUGCACCAAAAGAAAAGCCCUUAAAAUGAUGGAACCAAACGAGAGAAAAGAUCAGUCAAAUCUCAUGACCUUACCAAAUGGGAAUAAAUUGGAAAGGUCUUCUGAGAGGCUCCCUGCAAUCUUGUCUUAGGCCUUUUUGCCAAGUCCCUUUUACUUUGGAAAUGUCGGGACUAAAAGAAUCCAACGUUUCACUUGAGCGUUCACUAAAACUGUUGGCUGUCGCUGCGUUGUCACUGUCAUUUCAGAUCAAAUCUCAUUCCAAAGCAUCACAAGUGCCCAUACAGUCAGUUAGGUGCCAUUUUGUUAGUUGUUUUUUUUUUUUCUUAAACCAACUCGUUCUCCAAUGUACAGAGAAUGUGGUUGUGCAUUGAGGUCUGUACCUUUUGCAUUAGCUGUUUCUGUCUUUUUUCUUCUUUUUUUUUUUGGUUUCGUGUCCAAUGUGCAGGAUUGCUGUCUCACUCCUCUUCACUGUAGUGUGACACAAAAAAAAACUGACACUGUGCCAAGCUAAGAGUUCCCUUGUAUUGCUCUUGUGGACUAAGAAAAGUGCCUCACGGGUAGAUUUUCAAAGAGAAAGGUUUUCCCUCCUUCACUCUCAUCCUCGAUGUAAUCAUAGACACCGAAAAGGGUGUUUUGUGAACGCCCCCCCCCCCCACACAUGCAUUCCCUAACAAUCACAAGAAGAGCCAUGGCCGAUAAAGCUUUUCUCUCUGCAUUAAAAAUAAAGAGGGCCAAAGUGGAGACUUGGGUCUAUAAUCAUUCCAUUUAUAUUCCUUCAGGUCCCUGGUAGACCCUUAGCAGUGCAGUCUGCGUUUCAUUCUACUGCUAGCCAAUAUGGAGUUAAGUUCACUUCGGAUUUCCAUUCCGUUUUUUGUUUUUUUUUUACUUCCUGUCUUUAUUUCAUUCCAUUUUAUUGAAAAUUGGACCGUUGACUCGUCAUCCAUUGUGGGUCACUAAAUGUUCACCGGCUUAUUAAAUAUUACCCCAGAAGAAAGCGUAGUUGCAUAAAUUGUUUAUUAUCAUAAGUCAGGUAUCCCUGUUUCCAAACACACACACCCCCACCCCCCUUUAUAAAAAUUCAGAUGAGUGAUGAUUCAGGGGGGUUAAACCAGCUUUCUUUUCCUCCAGCUGUUUCAGUAGGAAAGCCCUGGUCUUUCUGCUUAAGACACCAUGUGUUGUUAUAUCUCCUCUUCAUCUUGCGGUCUCCUUUCCCAGCCGUUGUCAUUCUCCUCAUGGAAGUCUCCUCAAACGGUCACUGCCCACUCCUUGUUGUACAUAAUGUAAGGUUAUUUAUAUUUCAUUUCUGUCUGCUGCCUUGCUUCUCUUGUUUUCCUCACCCUCUGUUAAGAUGUAUAUUGAACUGUAUUGGGACCAUCUUGAAAUGUAUUUGGAGAUGUUCUGUUUUGGCCAUUUUUUAAAUUUGGUAUUAUUGUCUUAAAUCCUAUUUUUAAUUUGCAUCUAUUUGUUUCUAGUGUUUUGUUAUUCAACAUUUGAAUAUAUGUAUAUAUAAUUAUAUAUAUAUGAUAAAAUUAUAUAUAAUUAUAUAAUGCCAAAUGGCCUUUCUAAGCUCUAAACUUAAUAAAGUGCUUG